AUGAAAAAGAAAAUAAAAACGCUCAGUACUCACACCUCACACCCCAAUCCCCAAACGGUAAUAUCUCCACACACACGUGUCACUCUCAUAAAAUCCCUCACGUCUCACACUCUCCACUCACAACAACCUACCACUAUAACAACUCACGCUACCUCACCUUUCUCUCGCACUCAUUCACUCAUCACAUCAAAACCCUCACUCAACAACCUUCGCCUCUCUCUCCGUCCAUCUUCAGCUCCACAAACCACCACCAUAAGCCAUCGUACCUCUUCUUCUUCACGUAACCUUCCGCCCACAGCAACUCCACCCUUCUUCACCAACAUCGAACCACCUCAAAAACCAUGCAUACCGCCGCGUGAAACCCUCAACAACCACCGCUUCACGCCGGCUAAACACCACCCUAAACCUCGUCGUUCACUCCUCACCCUUCACUUUCACGCUUCCGCCACAAAUCAGCUCCUCCGCCGAAGAUUCCCUUUCUCUCCUUCCAACAAUCACCCACACGACAAGCUUCCACCACCUUCGACGUUCGCACCUUUACCUCCAUCGACAACAGUUGCGAACGAAACCGCCACCCUUGAACACAAAAUUCUGUCCGUCCCCAAAUCACAACCUCAAAUCAAUAAUAGUCCUCUACAGCAUCAACCACCUGUUUACAACAUCAAUGAAAACGAGUUCAGAGACGUUUGA